AUGACUUCAUCUCGCCAUUCUAUUGCUGUGUCAGUCAAUAAUUACGUGCAGCAGGACAGGUCUAUCGGUGAAUUUGCUAUAAUUGCAUAUACUAGACACNGUGACCAUCCAUGUCCCACGGAUCCUUGUGCUCCACCGUGCCCACCCCCACCACCUUGUGGGCAACCUCCUUGUCCGCCACAACCACCCCAACAGCCUUGCGGAGGUCCACCAGCUCCAGAAGUACCACCUCCACCCCCUCCACCAGCAAAGCCAACUGAAGAAGGAAAAGAAGAAGAAGGAAAAGAAGAAGAAAAUGAAGAAAAGGGAGAAGAGGAAAAGGAAGAAAAACCACCAACGAAGCCACCUCCUCCUGUUCAUCCUCCUCCACCCAGGCGGCCUUACCAGCCUUACCAACCUUAUGCACAGAGACCGCCUUAUGGACAGCCACCGUACGGGCAACAACCACCUUACGGUCAGCAAUAUCCAUUCGGACAGCAGCCUCCCUAUGGUCAGCAACCUCCUUAUGCUCAACAAUCUCCUUAUGGUCAGCAAUAUCCGUACGCACAACAGCAACCUUAUGGGCAACCUCAACCGUUUUAUGGACAAGGUAUUCCUCAACCACAGCCUCCAGUUCAGCCUGCCGUACAGCCUGCGCAACCUGCACAGCAACCUGCUCAACCAGCUUCUCCAAUGCCCGCGGCCCCUGCUGCUCAACCCGCUGGGCAGGCUGCUGCCCCUAUGCCGGCGGCUCCUGCCGGUGGCUCCAACCCUAUGCCGGCAGCUCCCGCCCCUGAAGCUGCUGCUGGCAUGACCCCGCAAGCUGAUUCGCCACAGGGAGGGCAAGCUUACGUUAUCCAACACCCAUGGCCAGGAACAGAAGGACCACUCACAAUUAAAAAGCAAGGCGUUGAAAAGAAGAUAGUAGAACCCAAAAAGAACCUAACCGCCGACGAAGUAGUGGUGGCUUAAAUUUUUAGCAUCAUUAGAUGUAGACGAUACCCCAACAUAUGACUCAAUUUGGAGUCGACUCUGUUUUAUGACUUAACUACUGUACAAGAAAGUAGUUUCCUCUCUAUGGAUUCGGAUUCUGAAAGCCCAUACCUACGAACAGGUUGUUCGGUUUUGAUACAAGGCCAUACCAAAACAAUCCUGACACUACUAUGAACACGUGGCUUCGUCCUAGUAGAAAACAAUUGCGAGUUUAAAAAAAUCGAAAGAACAACACUGGCCUGAGAUCAGUGGCGCCCAUGUAGUUAAUCCCAUUGUGGUUGCACGACGCACUUUAUCGUUUCUUUUCAAUCAGUUCCCUGACAUGUUUAGCAAACAUACACAAAACUUUUGUGACCUCAAACAUUCGCUCAAUGCAGUUUGACAACUGUAAUAAAAAGCUAUGUACAAAUUUAAAUAAAAUGAAAUUUAUUCCUUGA